AUGUCUUGCGUUGCUAUUUUAUCCGAAUUUGCCUCUCACCCUCAGGCCAUCUCGUUUACGGUUGCGGAAGGAAGCAAAAAUUGGGUGUGUACCGUCGUCUAUGCUAAUCCUCAGAUGGAUCUCAGACAGCAGGUUUGGGCUCAUCUUUGGGAGUUGGGGGGCCGGGUUACGCUGCCAUGGUUAGUGCUUGGAGACUUUAACGAAAUCUUGCUGUCAACGGAGUGUAGGGGUGGUCGUUUCUCGAUGGCACGGGCAUCACAGUUUCUGGAGGUUUUGAAUGAGUGUAAUCUUCUUGACAUGGGGGCUAAGGGUCUCCGCUUUACGUGGUACCGAAACCAACGUGGGGUUGUGUUGGCAAAGCGGUUAGACCGUGCAGUGUGUAACGUUGCGUGGCAAGCAAUGUUUCCGGAAGCAUAUGUUGAGAAUCUGUGCAGGGUCUACUCUGAUCAUUACCCUCUAUUAUUGCGGCGUGAAGGCUCACGAGAAAAGUCUCAAGAUCGACCAUUUCGGUUUCAAGCUGCUUGGGCCACUCAUAGGGAUUUUGAGCAAAUUGUUAGGGAGGCGUGGUGCCGUAGCACGCCGACCCUUGCCAAUGGGUUAUAA